AUGCCUCACAAGCGAGCGAAGAAAUCAGCGAGGGACCAGCAGAGGUUGCAGAUAGGUUCGGACUUGGCGCCAGGAAAGCAAGCCUUGGAAAACGAAGCUAUACCGAAAUCCGUUGCUCGCGUCUUGAAUGCUAUUCAUGUCCGUGAGCAGUGGAAAUCAAGGAAGAGGAUGCCAGAGGAUGAUCCGGAUGCGAUGAAGCCAGGAAAAAGAAGAAAGACAGAUAAGGGCGACCGUGGCGAGAAGAAGGCCAAGACGCCUGGAAUUUUACCUGGAGAGUCGCUCCAGCACUUCAACAAGCGUGUAGAAAAUGAUAUGCGCCCCCUUGUCAAAAAUGCGGUCCAGUCCUCCCUAGCCAAUGCUCGAAAGGUGCGAACCACGGAAAUGAACGCCAAAAAGAAGGGCAAGUCAAAACGCGUCGAGGAAGAAGAACGGACACCUUCGCCGCCUCCGAUACCCUCAAAACACGCAGAUAGACCGAAAGAGUUCCAGACGAUAUCUUCUUCCGCUCCUCGCCGGCUAAACGACAUUGCCCAGGCCCCACCAGAGCUUACGAAACUUCCGAGGGGUGCCGUACGGCCCGACGACGCUCGGAAUACGGGGAAGAAACGCGAUGGUGUGCUAUCGAUGGCGCAGAAGGCCAUGAUGGAGGAUGAAAGAAAUAAGGCCAUCGCGCGGUAUAGAGAAAUGAAGGCGAAGCGAAGAAGUGAUGGAGUUGAUGAGUCGUGA